CUCCUCCGGCUUGAAGAGACUUGCCGGAGUGGUGACUCUCAUCUGCUCGAAGAUGAACCCACUGUGGACCCUCCUCUUUGUGCUGUCAGCCCCCAGAGGGGUCCUGUCCCAGGUGCAGCUGCAGGAGUCGGGCCCCAGCCUGAUGAAGCCCUCACAGACCCUCUCCCUCACCUGUACGACCUCUGGAUUAUCAUUAACCAGAUAUGGUAUACACUGGGUCCGCCAGGCUCCAGGAAAGGCGCUGGAGUGGCUCGGUGAUAUAAGCAGUGGUGGAAGCACAGGCUAUAACCCAGCCCUGAAAUCCCGGCUCAGCAUCACCAAGGACAACUCCAAGAGCCAAGUCUCUCUGUCACUGAGCAGCGUGACACCUGAGGACACGGCCACAUACUACUGUGCAAGACACACAGUGAGGGGAAGUCAGUGUGAGCCCAGACAAAAACCUCCCUGCAUAGGGGCCCGUGACCACCAGGGGGCGCUCAGGACUCAGUACAGAGCUGAGCCCUGGAGCAGGUGCAGAAGAGGCGUUGGGCGGUGGGGGCCUGGGGGGGAUUCUCCUCAGAGCUUCUCUUUCCUCCUCCUGCCCAGGAGCCGCACCGCAGACCCUCUUCUGUGUCCUGGUAUUUCAUUGUUGUGGUUUAUGUCACUCUCAGACAACUGUGUGUGUAUAUAUAUAUAUUUUAAUUUUUCCUUGAAGCAAGGAUACCUUUAUGCAAACACACACACAAACACACAUAAUACUCAACAGCUAAAAUUUGUUCUCCUUCUUCUUCUCGCAAAGGAACUCAGUAAAACACUUGACUCGUUUAUUUCAAACCUGUUAACUAUCCUGAAAGGACACAAGAUAUUUAAACAUUUUAAUCUUUGUUUUGUUUUUGUACAUGAGGAAGGAAGAGACACAACCUCCUUCUUUCUUUCAGACCGCACCAUUAGAAUCUGCAGCAAGCAGCGUCAAAGGCUCCAGUGUCAGGGGUCCCCAGUGCUACAUAUGCAAUGAUUCUCAUCAUUCACCGAUUCUGUUCUGCAAAUUCACCAACAUGCUAGCUUUUAUAAGCGUCUUAACAAAAACACUGUUACCUUGUGUCCUUAUAUAGACAAUGAACUUUGGCCAGUUCACUGAGUCACU